CAUUCCUGUGACAUUAACAAAUGGGUGACAGAAAAUACACCACAUUAACUAACAAUCUAAAAUUAUUUUUGUAAAAUUCCUGUAUAAAGACCCGAAAACUCAGCAAUGACAAAUAAAAAUGUUCGAAGUAUGGAUAUCUUAUGGAGGCAUAGGUUUUCAGGUUCCAGCAGAAAAGUGCCAGGCGACAUUAGGGAGAUAUUAAAAUCUACAGGAUCAUUUGGAAGAAGCAGAUCCAGAGCUGGUUAUAGUGAAAUCCUGGAAAAGCUUCGCAAAGAUUUUUACGAGAAAUGGUCCGAGGAUAAUCCAUCGUCAUCGGAAGGACUGAAAGAUUUCGUACGGUUAAAAACCCUUGGAACUGGUUCUUUUGGAAAAGUUUUUUUAGUGCAACAUAAAUAUACAAGAUCAUUUUACGCCAUGAAGGCCAUCGACAAAAUUCGGAUAGUUAAGCUAAAGCAAAUCGAGCAUACGUUAUAUGAGAAAAAAAUGCUGGAGUGUGUCAAUUUUCCAUUUUUGGUCUCCCUCGACUAUUGUUUUAAAGAUAACAGUUACAUUUAUUUAGUAAUGCCAUUUAUUAACGGAGGUGAGAUGUUUACUCAUUUAAGAAAAGCCAAAAAGUUCGACGAGCAUUUGUCAAAAUUCUAUGCAGCACAAGUUCUUUUAGCGUUGGAAUUUUUACACUAUUGUGACGUUGUAUAUAGAGAUCUAAAGCCUGAAAAUAUUCUGAUAGAUAAUAAGGGAUAUUUGAAAAUUGCUGACAUGGGGUUUUGUAAGAUAGUCGAGGCUCGUACAUGGACAUUAUGUGGUACUCCAGAAUAUAUCGCUCCAGAAAUAAUACUCAGUAAAGGCUAUGGCAAACCAGUAGACUGGUGGUCUUUUGGAGUUCUCUUGUUCGAAAUGUCCGCUGGUUUUCCACCUUUUACCUCCAACGAUCCCAUGAACGUUUAUGAGAAAAUUAUUGCUUGUAAAUAUACGUGUCCGUCAUUCUUCUCGUUCGAACUAAGCGAUAUAGUGAAAAACUUAUUACAAGUAGACCUAACCAGAAGGUUUGGGAACCUUAAAAAUGGCCCCCGUGACAUUAAAUAUCACAAAUGGUUUCAUCACAUAAAUUUCGAAGCAAUUUUCAAUAAACAAAUGGAACCCCCAUUCAAACCAAAGAUCAAAAAUAUUACGGAUUUUUCGAACUUUGAUGAUUUACCGGAUUUUGAUCUGAGAGUAAGCGAGCAUAAUAUGUAUAAUGAACAAUUUGAGAAGUUUUAAUACAGGCUUAGUGAUUGUGUUUUUUUUUUGUUUGUUUGUUGUUCGCAUGUAAUCAUUUACUCUUUAGAUAACAUUUAAGAUGUAAUGAAUAAAUUUCUAUUCGAUCUUAA